UGCGCGCGGUGCACUUGCACUGGCGGUAGAUCUACAAACACCAUGGAUGGGCGUGGCUCCCCCUCUCUUAAGGCACAGCGGCCUAAUCCCGAUGGUUUGUAGAUCUGCUAAAAUGCGUUGCCGCCGCUCGAACGUAACCCCUCGGUUUAUAUUUGGCUUAAAGGAGACGCAACAAAGCGCACAAGAUGGUUGCGCUCCAGGCUCGGGCUUGAAUAAGUAGGUUUACUAUAGCUUUAAGAAGGCGAAAAUAGUGUCUGCUUCUUUAAAAUGAUAUCGGUUUAUUGCUGAAUAGAUAAUUAAGAAAAGUUUUCAAUUCCCGAUCAAUAAAUAUAUGCAUUUAAUUUGCGACGCAAUCAUAGAAAAUGCCCCCACUCUGUUGGAUAAAGGCCGCCUGCAAUCAAAACGUCUUUUAAGCAGAUGUGGUCCGUCUUUCCUCACGUUGCUUGUAAACCUGCUUUUUUAAGCGGAUUUUGAUUUUAAGGCUGAAGCGUGCUCACGGUGAUGGAACCGGCUGGAGCCCGAACCGGCGGUGUAAAUAAAGGUGAGGACAAGGCCGCGGGGAAGACCUCGGCCCCGAGUGCGACCGUCACACCGAGGAGAGGGCUCAGAGAGCGGGGAGCGAGCCGCCCGAGGUCCGGCGUUCACACCGUGAACGGAGCAGCGUCGCAGAGCCCGCAGAGCUCGGGACGGGUUCUGAGAGACAGGUCAACGAGGGCGGUACCGGCCUGGCUGAAGGACACCAAGAGUGACGACGACGAGGACGAGGACGAGCCGAGCCCGGACACCGGUGCGACCAAGCGGAGGAAAGUUUCCAACUCGAGGCGGAAGAAAAACGAAGCGGCGGAGGCUGCAGGGGGGGUCGCAGGUGACAGCCUGCAAGGCACAGACACAGAGGAUCCCAAGAAGCCUGCAGAUGCACAAGCUCUUCCCUCCAGACGCCCCCCGGCUCAGACUCGUGCCAAGCCCCCGUCUGGCAGAGCUGUCCGCGGCUCUGCCAAGCCCGUGUGUAAGACCGAACCUGGGAUGGAGAAUCCAGCUGCGGUGGAAGGAGAGUCGAACGAUAAAGACAAGUCUGAGAUUAAAAAGAAAGAGAAGGAGAGCGAGGAUGUUGCUGAGCCAGUCUUGGAUGAUGAAGACCCUCCGUUUCAGGAUGACCCCAACGACCGCAGCUACCAGCCGCAGAGUCAGAGUGGCGCAGAGGAGGAGGAAGGUCUGAGCAGUGAUGAAGAUGUCCCUUUUAGAGAUGACUUGAACGACCAGAGCUACGACCCGAAGGGUGAAAGGGAUGUCCCUAAACCAAAGCGCAGAGCUCCUCCUAGACAGAAGGAGAAGAAAGAGAAAGAGAAGGCGCCUAAAAAAGAGAAGGAGGACGCCGAGAUAAAGAUAGAAGGGUCGGAUAACGUGGAGAGUUUGGAAGAGGAAGUAAAGCUAGAAGAAGAAAUAGUGGAGGACCCGGAUGGACCCAGGAAGAGAGGCCGGCGGAAAAAAGAUGACAAAACGCCACGUCUGCCAAAGAGAAGGAAGAAGCCCCCCGUGCAGUAUGUGCGCUGUGAAAUGGAGGGAUGUGGGACGGUCCUGGCUCAUCCUCGCUACCUGCAGCAUCAUAUAAAGUACCAGCACUUGCUCAAGAAGAAGUACGUCUGCCCUCACCCGUCUUGCGGGAGACUUUUCCGCCUCCAGAAGCAGCUGCUGCGUCAUGCAAAGCAUCACACAGACCAGAGGGACUACAUCUGUGAAUUCUGCGCUCGUGCCUUCAAGAGCUCCCACAACCUGGCUGUGCACCGCAUGAUUCACACGGGAGAGAAGCCUCUACAAUGUGAAAUCUGCGGCUUCACGUGUCGCCAGAAGGCGUCUCUCAACUGGCACAUGAAGAAGCACGAUGCUGAUGCCACCUAUCAGUUCUCCUGCUCCAUUUGCGGCAAGAAGUUUGAAAAGAAGGACUGCGUGGUGGCCCACAAGGCCAAGAGUCACCCCGAGGUGCUAAUUGCUGAGGCGCUCGCAGCCAACGCUGGUGCCCUCAUCACAACCCCUGCCUCCUUACUGGAGCUGCCAGGAAACCCCAUGCAAGCAGAGGUCACCAGCCUGGACGUGAGCCAAAUAGGGCAGGACGGGCAGGUGGACCAGCUGAGCCAGGAAGGGCAGCAAGUAGCUCAGGUGUCCCAGAUGGGUCACGUGGCCCAACAAGUGAGUCACCAGGUGGUUUUACUGGGACAAGACCAGAGCCUCCAUACCAUGCAGGUGCCAGUGACGAUUGCCCUGUCCCCAAUUGACCCUCCUUCGCCGGCUGACAACCAGCAGCAGACUCACCUCCAGCUCCAGAUGCCCGUCCAGUUCGUGCAGGCAGCUCAGCAGGCACAGCAGCCCCAAAUCCAACAACUGACCCUUCAUUCAGGCUCGGUGGUGACCCAGCAUCAACCCCAGCUCCAGCCUCUUCAGUCAUAUUCCUCCCAGCAGCAGAGCCAGGGGCAGACACAAAUCCUCCAAAUGACCUUCCAGCCGGUCAGCCAGUCUCAGACCCACAUUCAGCAGAUCCCCAUUCUAGCGACUUCCCAGCACCUUCAGAGCCUGCAGACGACCAUCCCGAGCCUGUCCCAGUCCCAACACCAGUCCCAGGAUCCAGCCUCCACCAACGGGGACAGCUUUAUCCUGGACAGCCCGGUGCUCUCGUCUUCCUCGCAGUCGGUCGGCUCCCUUCAGCAGACGGAGGCUGUGGGUGGGGACGGCGUUGUGUGGGAGCAGACGGGACAUGGGGAGGUCCUGUCAGACAGCACCGAGAGACACGUGCAGCAGGCACUUAUGUAAAACAAAACCCAGUCCCCAGUGACCCGAUAUACUGUACUGCAAUGUUUGAGGUAAAUGUAGGAUCACCGAUAUAUUUACUGUUCACUCAUAGUCAUAUUUGGUAGCUUUUUAGAAUUAUCUGUAUCAGGGAGAGAUAUGUGUGUGUCUGUAUGUGUCGUUGCCUUUGUACAUAACAGUCCUGUAAACUUAACUUAGCCUUUUAUGUGAGCGUGCGUGUGUGCGUGUGUAUCGAUGCCCGACGUUCUGUUGCAAAAGCUGUCACGCAAUAAUAUAGCAUACCUCUUUUUAGUAAUUUACCAAUUACAAAAACACAAAUUAGAACGCUGUAAACGGAAAGUCUGUUUAAAUAAAUAGGCAGCUAUUUUAUUUUUUAUUUUAUUUUAUUUUCUUGUCCAGAUCUACUGUAAAACCUUUUUUUAUUUGGCAACGUUAAAAAAAAAACGUUACAGGAAAUGAAUUAAAACAUUUUAAAACCUGGAAAGACUUGGACACACAAACACACACACAAAAAAAUACGUUUCACCGGCUUGUAAAGUCACAAAAAUGCAUAUUUUAGCAAGUUCUGGCAGUGUCAUCGAACCUGUUACUAUGACAUCUGUGCAAAUGUUUGUUAAGCUUGGCUGUUGAUAGACUUUGAAGGAAUAAUAAUAAUAAUAAUAAUAAUAACCCGUAUAACGUAUGUAAGUUCUCACACGGUCAUUCUAGGCAGCCAAACGGUGACCGCGGACGUUCACACAUAAACCCAUAGAAUAAUAAUAAUACAGCACAGUCAAACACAAAUUUUUUUACACACAAUAAUCUUUUUUUUUUGAAGUGUAAUGUAAUUUAAUAAGCGAAGCUAUGUAGAAACCCUUGGAACAUAUGUCAAUAAUAAACCUGCACUUCUCUGAUUUGUCAUUUAGGAUGUGACACACACACACACA